AUGCAGCAUUAUGGGGUGAAUGGAUAUUCCCUGCACGCUAUGAACUCGCUCAGUGCCAUGUACAACCUGCACCAGCAGGCAGCACAGCAGGCGCAGCAUACGCCCGACUACCGCCCCUCGGUGCACGCGCUGACCCUGGCAGAGAGACUUGCCGGCUGUACAUUUCAAGACAUCAUCCUGGAAGCCCGAUACGGGUCCCAGCAUCGCAAACAGCGCCGGAGUCGCACGGCGUUCACUGCGCAGCAGCUGGAAGCUCUGGAGAAGACUUUCCAGAAGACGCACUAUCCUGAUGUAGUGAUGCGGGAGAGACUGGCCAUGUGCACCAACCUACCUGAGGCCAGAGUGCAGGUUUGGUUUAAGAAUAGAAGAGCCAAAUUCCGCAAGAAGCAGCGAAGUCUCCAGAAAGAGCAACUACAGAAACACAAAGACUCUGAAACAGGGAGCAGUGAGGCCAAACUUGAUUCCGCCCCUGCGGAGCCUGCAACGCCCAGCUGUGACUCCAAGUCCGGCAAACCGGAGCUGAACUCAGCACUAUCCGAUCAGUCCGCCAGCGAGUCUGCAGCCGAGGAGCAAACCGACAAAGAGGAGGAGUCCAGGGGCCCGCAGGAGGAAGAAACCGCAAAACCUUCACCCUCAGAAUCCAAAGUCCCCAACUAUAAGAGAGCAAGUCCCAAAACAGAGUCCCCGGGCAGCAGUACUGUGGCCCCAAGUUCCAGUAAUUGUCUUCCUCCGACUCAUUCCUACUCAUCCUCUCCGCUAAGCUUGUUCCGCCUGCAAGAACAGUUCCGGCAACACAUGGCAGCCAACAACCUGGUGCAUUACUCGUCUUUUGAUAUGGCCAGUCCACCAGCUGUGCCAUACCUGGGCAUGAAUGUGGGAAUGGCACCACUCAGCACCUUGCACUGUCAGUCGUACUACCAGUCUUUGUCCCAUGCUCAGCAGGUCUGGUCCUCUCCCAUUCUGCAGAGUCCCGGGACCCUUCCAAGUCUCAACAGCAAAACCACAAGUAUUGAAAAUUUGAGGCUCCGUGCGAAGCAACACGCGGCUUCCUUAGGACUGGACACGUUACCCAACUGA